AUGGCUCAGGCACGAAUAGGGCCUCUAGCGCAGGCAUGGCACAAGUGGAAAGCUCUUCGGCUUCCCUGGCGGAAGCGCUUCCUCGUUGGCUCUGACCUCAACGGGAACACCUACUGGGAGUUCCGCCUCACGAACGGUCCCGAAGAACGCUGGCGACGCAUCGUCAAGUACCCGCGGUCGACGCACUUCUCCGAGGUCAAAGUGAGCCCGCUCUGGCAUCAAUGGCUACGGUACACGCGGGACAGCCCGCCCUCCCUCGAAGAGCAGCAUGGAGACGUCGCCCGCCAGGCCCGGAUGAAGAAGCUUGCUGCAGAGGCUGAUGCGCGGUGGGAGGCCAAGCCUCGGGUCAUGGAUGCGCCUGGUGCUACCAGCGGCCAGCCUGUGCGUGCCUUGGGUUCUGCCAGCGCGGAUCCAGAAUCGACACCAAGUCAAACCACAUCUACGAGCGAAGAGAACACGAAGGAGGCCAAGCCCGAUCCGUGGGCCAAGCACAAGGCUCAGGGUCCCAGUGAAAACUGGCAGCCCGAGGCGUGGAGCCCCAGUGCUCGCAAAAAGUAA